CUACUUCCUUAUCAAAGUGUUUAGGUUUUACAUUUCAUUUCGUUGUGGCGCAGAAAAGUUUAAGACUGAUGUGGAUUUGAGCUCAGUAUCAUGGAUCAGAGUGAGGAACUGCAAGAAGGAGAAACUCUGCCUCAAACUGACAAACAGAGCAAAGCUCAGAGCGAACAAUCUGAAGAUGAACUGAACUGGGAGACCAGGUCGAAGGAUGAACUUAAUGAUUUUAAAUCGAACCAAUCUUCACCUACAAAGAGAGAAGAACACAAACCAGGAUUCAGCUAUUCACCUGAACAGUCAGAAAUGGAUGAACCUCUGGCUCCAGAGAGAGUGAAGCAGAUCUCAGAGGUUCCUAGUGGUCAGUCAGCCCAACAGCAUCAAACAGAGCUGGACUCCAUAUUUAAGGAGCUGAAAAAGAAGAUUUUCACCUUUGCGGAAGGUGAGCUGAAAAAGAUCCAAAUGGUUCUGGGUUCAGAUGACCCAGAAGGUUCAGAUGAGAAUAAGGAGGAUGAAGUUUCAGAGAAUAAACAGCAGAUGAACAGCAGCAGAGAAGCAUUUGAGAAGAUCACACAGCUCUUCCUGAGGAUGAUGAACCAGGAGGAGCUGGCUGACCGUCUUCAGAGCAAAUCACUCAUCACAUGCCAACAAACACUAAAGUCUAACAUGAAGAAGAAAUUCCAGCAUGUGUUUGAAGGAAUCACUAAAUCGGGAAAUCAAACCUUUCUGAAUCAGAUCUACACAGAGCUCUACAUCACAGAGGGAGAAUCUGGAGAGGUCAAUAAUGAACAUGAGGUCAGACAGAUUGAAUCAGUGUCCUGGAAACCAGACAGACCAGAAACAGCAAUUAGACAUGAAGACAUAUUUAAACCCUCACCUGGAAGAGAUGAACCAAUCAGAACAGUGAUGACAAAGGGAGUGGCUGGCAUUGGGAAAACAGUCCUGACUCAGAAGUUCACUCUGGACUGGGCUGAAGACCAAACCAACCAGGACAUCCAGUUCACUUUUCCAUUCACAUUCAGAGAACUGAAUCUGUUAAAAGACCAGAAGUUCAGCUUAGUGGAGCUUCUUCAACACUUUUUCAGUGAAACCAAAGGAAUCUCCAGGUUUGAAGAGUUAAAGGUUGUGUUCAUCUUUGAUGGCUUGGAUGAGAGUCGACUUCCACUGGACUUCCACAACAAGGAGAUCCUGACUGAUGCUACAGAGUCCAGCUCACUGGAUGUUCUGCUGACAAACCUCAUCAGGGGGAAACUGCUUCCCUCUGCUCUCCUCUGGAUAACCACACGACCUGCAGCAGCCAAUCAGAUCCCUGCUGACUGUGUUGGCAUGGUGACAGAGGUCAGAGGGUUCAAUGACCCCCAGAAGGAGGAGUACUUCAGGAAGAGAUUCAGAGAUGAGCAGCAGGCCAGCAGGAUCAUCAACAACAUGAAGAAAUCACGAAGCCUCCACAUCAUGUGCCACAUCCCAGUCUUCUGCUGGAUCACUGCUACAGUUCUGGAGGAUGUGUUGGAGACCAGAGAGGGAGGAGAGCUGCCCAGAACCCUGACUGACAUGUACAUCCACUUCCUGGUGGUUCAGACCAAAGUGAAGAAGGUCAAGUACGAUGGAGGAUCUGAAACAGAUCCACACUGGAGUCCAGAGAGCAGGAAGAUGAUUGAGUCUCUGGGAAAACUGGCUUUUGAUCAGCUGCAGAAAGGAAACCUGAUCUUCUAUGAAUCAGACCUGACAGAGUGUGGCAUCGAUAUCAGAGCAGCCUCAGUGUACUCAGGAGUGUUCACACAGAUCUUUAGAGAGGAGAGAGGGCUGUACCAGAACAAGGUGUUCUGCUUCGUCCACCUGAGUGUUCAGGAGUUUCUGGCUGCUCUUCAUGUUCAUCUGACCUUCAUCAAAUCUGGAGUCAAUCUGCUGGCAAAAGGUGAAACAAAAUCCAAGGACUUCGAAACAAGAAGCCAUGGAUCCUCAGAGAUAGAGAUGUACCAGAGUGCUGUGGACAUGGCCCUAGAGAGUCCAGAUGGACACCUGGACUUGUUCCUCCGCUUCCUACUUGGUCUUUCACUGGAGACCAAUAGGCGUCACUUAAGAGGCCUUGUGACACAGAGAGAAAAAAGUUUGACAGCUAAUAAAGACACAGCCCAGUACAUCAAGGAGAAAAUAAAUAAUGAUCCAUGUGUUGAGAAAAGCAUCAAUCUGUUCCACUGCCUGAAUGAACUAAAUGAUCAGUCUCUGGUGGAGGAAAUCCAACAAUCUCUACAAACAGGAAGUAUUUCAGCCCACCAGCUGUCUCCUGCUCAGUGGUCAGCUCUGCACUUCAUCCUACUUUCAUCUGAAAAAGACUUUGAUAUGUUUGACCUGAAGAAAUACUCUGCUUCAGAUGAAGCUUUUCUGAAGCUGCUGCCAAUAGUCAAAGUCUCUAACAAAGCUCUACUGAGUGGGUGUAACCUCUCAGAGAGAAGCUGUGAAGCUCUGUCCUCGUUGCUCAGCUCAACAACAUCUAGUCUCAGAGAUCUGGACCUGAGUAACAACGACCUGACAGAUUCAGGAGUGAAGCUGCUGUGCAGUGGACUGAUGAGUCCAGACUGUAAACUGGAGAUUCUCAGGCUUUCAGGCUGCCUGAUCACAGAGGAAGGCUGUGCUGCUCUGGCCUCAGCUCUGACUGUGAACCCGUCUCACCUGAAGGAGCUGGACCUCAGCUUCAAUAAUCCAGGACAGGCAGGAAUUAAGAGUCUGGCAGCUCUACUGAAGAAUCCAAGCUUCAAACUGGAGUCUCUAAGCAUGGAGCCUGCAGGAGAGAAAUGGAUGGCACCAGGUCUGAGGAAGUAUUCCUGUCCACUAACAGUCGACCUGAACACUGUGAACAGAUUCCUCAAACUGUCUGAUGAAAACAGGAAGGUGGCACCUGUGGAAGAGGAGCAGCCGUAUCCUGAUCAUCCAGACAGAUUUGAUCCCUUUCAGCUGCUGUGUACUGAUGGUCUGACUGGUCGCUGUUACUGGGAGGUGGAGUGGAGUGGGAAAGUCUAUGUAUCACUGAGUUACAGAGGAAUCAAAAGAAAAGGAGACAGCGACAACUCCUUGUUUAGUUUGAAUGAUCAGUCCUGGUGUCUAAUCUGCUCAGGUGAUGGUUACUCUGCUUGGCACAAUAGUGAAAAAAAAACCUUAAUCCCUCAUUCCUCCCUCUCCUCAUCUGCCUCUGGCAGAGUAGCUGUGUAUGUGGACUGUCCUGCUGGGACUCUGUCCUUCUACAGAGUCUCUUCAGAGACACUGAUCCACAUCUACACCUUCAACACCAAAUUCACUGAAACUCUUUAUCCUGGAUUUGGGUUCAAGUUUCGUUCAAGAGGGUCUUCGUUCUUAUUUUAGAGGGUCCUUAGUUGGAGGAAACAUGAGAAACGUGUUUCAUCCAAGAUAUGGUUUAGAUUAACAUGUAAAUAAAUAAAACUAAUAAAACUCAAAGAGACACUACAGCUCAACAACUAAAAAUACAUAAAAAUUGAAAAAAUAAUUAAAAGCUGAAUUUU